CGGUUCACUUUAGCAUGGGCCUCAAAACUAACGCGUAAAAUGCGCAUCCUCUUAUCCUGCACCUCCUUGCCUGUAUAAAUAAAUAGAUAAAUUCCACGGAACAGUUAAUUUUUGACGUUCGAGUCUUUUUUUCUCUACGCAGGGAAUUCUUACAAAGCACAACAUGCAAAAAACAGAAAGCGUACUCAAUAUAACAGUGAUAUGGAGGGGGAACAAGUAUGCUGUAGAAAUGAACCCUGAUGCAUCUCUCAAGGACCUAGGAGAUGAAUUACUGAAGUUGACUGAUGUCAAGCCAGAUACUAUGCGAUUAAUUGUGCCACAAAUUUCUAGCAAAGGCUCGAAGCUGCUGUCUCCUUUUUCUAAGGAACAAUCACAACUAAAUUUGCACAAAGCUUCUGUCAUAGAGGGAAUGUCUAUUAGAAUGAUGGGAGUGUCUGAAGAUGAGGUUGAUAAAGUUCUACAAAAUGCAAAAAUGGACUUUAGAAUUGCUGGAUUUGAUGAAGAGGAAAAAAGAAUGAGGCAGCGAUUGUCAGAUAAAACCCAUGCUUUGCUUAAACUACCCCAAGGACCUUAUACCUUUAGUGAUUUUCAGACACUUGAAAUUCCUGGGAUAGAGCUGAACCCUCCAGCUUCUGAGGCAUUGAAAAGGAUGCAUAUGCUUGCUGCUGAUCCUGGAAUUGUUGCGAUAAUGAAAAAGCACCAUUGGCAUGUUGGAAUUAUGACCGAGUUGGCCCCUGUUGGUUAUGUCGGUGUGACUCCUAAGUGUAUUCUUGGAUUCAAUAAGAAUCAUGGAGAAGAGAUAUCUCUGCGUCUUCGAACCGAUGACCUCAAGGGUUUCAGGAAAUAUGAAAGCAUCAAGAAAACACUUUUGCAUGAACUGGCUCACAUGGUAUACUCAGAACAUGAUGCAAACUUCUAUGCCCUGGAUAAACAGUUGAAUCAAGAAGCUGCUAGUUUAGAUUGGACAAAAUCAACAGGACACACCUUGAAUGGAUUUAGGCAUCUGGACCAUUAUGAAGAAGAAUUUCAUGCUUCAGACAAUAGAAACUUCUCUCAGAAGCUUGGGGGAAAUGUUUCAGAUCAUCUGGCUAGUGCACGUUCAUCUUCAGUGGCUGCUGCUUACCGCCGUUUAGCAAAUGCUUCUGCCAACAGUUUGGAAGUUCAUGGAGAGUAUAAAGAACCUGACCCUGAUGAUUCCAGGUUCAGCAUAAAUGAUAGACUUGACAUUAUGGAUUAUGUAGGAGAGGACAAUAAAGACAUUGAAAACGCACACAAGGUUCAGCUGAAACCUGAUUAUGAGCCAGAUCCUGAUGAACCUGCUUGUGACCAAAGUAAGUAUGAACCUGAUCCUGAUGAUUCUCAGAGUAAUCACCCUCAGCUGAUGGAGACUCUGAACAGUGGGAUUCAGCUUAGCAAGACCAUUGAUGAACCAGAUCCAGAUGACUCAGAAACAAAACAGAGCAAUUCAAGAGACAGAAACAUCCAGGGACCAGAUUUGAACAAUUCUAUAGUGACUGAAAGCAUGGAAGAUCAAACCUGUCUAAAUAAGGCUUAUAGAGAACCUGAUCCUGAUGAAUCUCAAGCAAACAUAACUGUGUGGACAGAGCCUGAUCCUGAUGAUGAUUUAAUGGCCCCACAGGAAAUAUCCGGUAAGAGAACUGCUGAAAGCAUGAUUAUUGAUGAACCUGAUCCAGAUGACUUGGAAGCGAAACAGAGCAGUUCGGGAGAUGUAAAUAUCCAAGAACAAGAUCAGAUUAAUCCUCUAUUGACUGAAAUGAAGGAACCUGAUCCUGAUGAAUCUCAAGCGAACAAAACAGAGCCUGAUCCUGAUGAAUCUCAAGCGAACAAAACAGAGCCUGAUCCUGAUGAUGAUUUAGUGACCUCACAGGAAAUAUCCAGUAUGAAAAUUGAUGAGCCAGAUCCUGAUGAAGAGUUACAGAGAAUCCAAGAUCCUGUUACUGUUGUUUGUGGUAGGCUGCAGAAGGCUGUUGAGAGGCUGAGAGCUGAAGUUAAUCCCACAGAAGCAACUGGCAUCUUGCAAAUUCUUUUCAAAAUAAUUAGGAAUGUGAUUGAACACCCAAAUGAAAUGAAAUUUAAGAAGCUCCGCAAGGCUAAUCCCAUAAUCCAGAAGAAUGUUGCCAAUCAUAAAGCUGCAAUGGAAAUACUACAAACGGUUGGAUUUAGUGAAGAUGUUGUCUUUGAUGAAACUGGGAAAGCAGAAUCUUGUUUAGUGUUGAAGCGGAAUGAUCCAGGCCUGUUGUGGCUUGCAAAAUCAUCCCUUGAGGCUUGUGUAACCUGCUAGUCCUGGAGGUAUCAACAUACUGAAAAUGCGUUUGAAACUGUAAAAAACUGUAAAGAUGUGCCAUAUGCAAGUUGUAUACCGCAUGUACUUGAUGAAAAACAUACAUGCAUGAUUGUACUUUGGGUGGAGCAAGAACAAUAAUUGUAAUUAAAUUGAAGUUUUGGACAA